ACUUUCGGCAAAGUAAACAAAAUUUUUGUUAUGAGUUUCUAAAUAUUUAUGAAAUCUAAUGUGCAUUUAAAAAUGCCACAAAUUAAUAAAAUAUUGGUGUAACAGCUCUCAUUCUAUGUAGAAUGUAGUGUUAAUUAUGUAGAUGCCUACAUGCAAAUGUAGCUGGUACUGUUAUUGUGGUACUUAGAUAAGUUUUAAAUGCUAUAAUAAUUUCCCGGUGAACUGUUUUAACUCAACUGUGUUUGACCUUGUGGAUUGCAUGUAUCAUUAACGCAGUGAUUGUAAUUGAUUUUUGGAAGUUCUAUAAAGUAAAAAACAAAAUGACAGGUGAACACCACCGAAAUUGCUCAUGCCCUGACUGCCUACAAAGCAUUGGACUUGAUCAAAUGUCCACACAACAUUUAGAAGCGAAAGGUUCACGAAUCGAUAAGUUAUACUAUGGAAAAUAUCUCCCAAUGCGAGAGAGGAAAUUAAUAGAUAAGCUGAUCAAAACCAGGGCAGUUUAUGAUGGUGUCAGAAAUGAAAUUUUGUCUGGCAAUGAAACCAAUGUUAUCAAUGAAACACGCCAUGGGAAACACAGAGAAAUGGACGAUGGCGAUAAAAGACAUAAACAUAGUGGGAUCCGUACUAUAGUUGACUUGGUAGAUCGCGGAGAAAUGGAGCCAGAUCCAAGAAAUCCCAACAAACCCUAUCUUAAACCUAAAGACCAAUUAACCGACUGCCAAAAUUGUUGUUCUUGUAGUACCCAAGUGGGGCCUCACAAAAACGCAGAUUUAAUUAAUUACCCCCAAACUAAGCCCGUGAAUAAGAUCCAAACUUCUAGCAGCAGUCGCCUUUAUACUAAACGCAAACAAGGUGACAGAAGCAAAAAGAUGAGAGCUGUGCAUUUUAAGACCAAAUAUAUCCGCUCUGAUCCCUGCACUUGUACAAGUGUUUAUAGUGAAGCUGUCAACAAAAAACAUUCGCGUCUACACAGCAAGAAAUUCAAUAAAGAAAUUGAUUCUAUACCUACUACAAUAGAAUCGAAAGCAAUUAAAGCUAAACGAUGUGUUUGCGAGUGCAACAUUGUAAGAAAACCAAACAAAUCUCUUCAGCGAUUAAAAAAUGCUAAAGAGAAAGUUACAAGGAGUAUCAAAGGUAGUAUCUCCAAAAUUGAAAACACAAUUAGGGUAAAGAGAGAUUCAAUAAUUAUGUUUCGAAAUAAGUUAAGAAGGAAACGAGCAUUGAAAAAAUAUGAAUGUGAACCAAGUUAUUGCAUCCCUGAAGAAUGUGCUCCUCCAAAAUGUUAUGAAAAAAUUAAAACACGACUUAAUGAUAUCAAAAGUGACAUCAAAAGAUCAUAUCACGAUUUACGAGCAAUAGGUUCCGGAAUAUCUUUUAGGAAAGCUCCCAAGUAUGAAAUAGAACCAUUUUGUGAUCCAGAGGCAUGUGAACCUCCUAAGUGCUAUGAAAAAUUUAAGACACAACUAAAUGAUAUGAAAAGUAACAUUAAAAGGUCAUUUCAUGAUUUACGAGCGAUCGGUUCUGGUAUAUCUUUUAAAAGAUCUAAGAAGGAGGAAUUAGAACCGUAUUAUUGCCUUCCGGAAGACUGCGACCCUCCAAAAUGCUAUGAAAAAAUUAAAAUGCGGCUAAAUGAUAUCAAAAGUGACAUUAAAAAGUCGUAUCAUGAUUUAAGAGUAAUAGGUUCCGGGAUUUCUUUCAAGAGGACUCCGAAGAAGGAAAAAGCAGCUAGCAAACGAAAAUCCAAACCUGUAAUUUGUACAUGCGAACCUGAAGCAGAGCCUGCUGUACCCACGGAGAAUUACGAAAACGAGAAGUCAAUUUGGUCUCGGAAAAGGAAAACUAGUCCAAGUGUAAAACGAAACGGACUGGUUAUCAAUAUAGAACCAUCAGUUUUAUCUAAGAAAAAAACAACUAAGCCUAAAUCUCCACGUAAUGUUUGUGAAUGUGACAAAGAAGAACAAAGCAAAACACCAGUUUCACCUACUUACGAAUUGGGGCGAUAUACAUUCCCUUCUACAGAUAGGAAAUUCCCAAGAGAAUGCGAAGCCUCAAUGUGUAUACCGGGUGAAUGUGAUUAUAGAAAAUGUGCGGAAAUAUUAAAGGCACAGUCACAAACCUCAAGCACACAUAUUUCUCAAAAGUCUGUGGGUUCUGGUACAAUGAAACAUAAACAACAAAGUCAAUCAAUAGAUUAUGUGAAUGAACAACAUACCAAAAGUGAAAAUAUUGAACCUAAAAGACAAGUAGUACGCAUAGCCUCUAAUUUUAGUUUUAGUAUCGAAUUUUACAAAGACCAGAAAAACGAAAUUACUGAGCUAGAUAAGCCGCAACAAGAGACAAUCAGAAAAUUUAGGUCAAGAAAUAAAAAAACAGGUUCGAGGAAGACUAAAAUUACCUAUCCCAGGAAAAUUCGUAGCCGAAAUAAAUCUAUUCAAUCAAAUCUGAAACGAUUAUGUUGCAUACCAACGUUUCAUGCUCUACGGCGUUGUUUUUGUACUCUACAGCUCAAAGAUGCGGCAACAUUAGAAAAGUCUACUGUCGGUGACCAAAUCGAAAAAACAACAACGAUUAGCGAUUGUGCUUGUGAACCGAAACCUAAAAAAUCGACACAAACGAAAAAAAAGCCAUUUCCAUGCGAUCCGUACUUUGAUCGCGGAGAAAACUGUGACUCCGCAAUUUGUGAAAAAAGAGUCAGAGACAAACAAGAACAAACUAAAAAUAAGCGUUCAGGACUGAAAGAAAGAAAACGCAAACAUUGUAUAGGGACAACUUCCCCACAACUGACUACUAAGACCUGUGCUAGUCAAUGCAAUAUUUUCUCUAAAUUAAGUUCGAAAUCUUCAGAUCCACGGAGUAAAAAAAUGAAAUUUUCUCAGAAUGAAUUACCGAAGCGUACAGAAUAUCAUAAUGGUAUAGAUGACACUACAAAUAGAAGUGUUGUAAGGAUCGGCUCAAGUUUUAGUUUUAAUAUUGAAUUUUAUAAAGAAACAGAACCUUCGUUUGACGCCACUCCUUUAAAAAAUGAUGAAAAUUUCGAACAUUCUGAUUAUACAAGUAAGCAUCAGAUGAGGCAAAAAUGUCUAAGAACAGCGAAAUGCAGGCACAAAUCUGCACAGUCGAAAUUGAAUUUGAGUGAUGGAUUUCGUUCAAUGGCUAGUCAAAGUUCUUUUACACAGAAGGAUCAAGAGAUUAACUCCAACAAAGCUGUUAAGAAAAAGCCUGUGAAGAAAGUAUCAAAAACCGUCUGUGAAUGUGAUAUUACUACUCAAACUUCAGCGUCAGGUGCUUAUGUACGACCUCCUAUAUUGCCUCAAUAUUACACUCGUGGUCAAUGCAACGACUUAACGUGUGUGAAGAAAAUCGAUAGUCAGAGUCAUACCACCAACGAAUGUAGACAUAGAAAAAUUAAUACCGUAUGUUGCUCAAAAUCACGAUCUAGAUCAAUAAAAACUUUGACUGAUACUGGAUCUAGUAAAAGGCAAAUGAGCCGUGAAACAAAGAUGCUGAAGUCAUUAUCUUCAAAAGAUUUUGCUACAGGACAAGAUACGUCUCAUCAUCGACAAUCUGUGAACAUUGGAUCAAGUUUUAGCUUUAACAUUGAAUUUAGUAAAGACACUAGUUCUACCAAGCAGCACAAUAUUGUGGCUAAUAAAGUAACAAACAAUCACGUUAAACAAAAAUGCAAAGAGUGUGUUUGCAAAGCGAUUGAUGCACCAUCACUACGUCAGCCACAAAUUUGUAAAAAUAAUGAAAGAAAAGAAUAUGGUAUCAAACCAUUUUUCGAUAAAUGCUUCUGUACUCUUAAACAACUCAAAGCAAGAAAGGAUACCAUAAGAGUUUCUAGUCCUAAAACUCAAUCAAACAUCAAUACUAAGGACAUGAAAUCACGGACUUGCCAAUGUAAAAUGAAAAAAUGUUUUUAUCAGUCACUACAAAAGACAAAACAAACGUGCUCUUACUCAUGUACCAAUACUAGAGCUUAUAAAUCUACAUCCAGUGGUACAUCUAAAUCCUACAUUAAAAAUCAAAAGCUCCAAGCAAAAAUGAUACUCAGGCCGGAAUCUGUAGGUGACAAGAGAAGUUCAGUUACUACAGAUUUAUCCAAAAACUUGUAUAGAGACCUCCAGCCCGUAUCUAAUAAACAAGUAGUACGCUUGGGCUCUAGUUUCAGUUUUAAUAUUGAAUUUUAUAAGGAGAAAGGAGAUGCACCAGACUAUAAUUUGAUAAAUCCGAUGCCUAAGAAUCAACAAAGAAAAAUCAACAGAAUAGGAAACAAAAUAUGCGAUUUUAGAAAAACAUCACAGAAUCAUAAGAUAUGUAAAAAAAGAAAUAUUAUGAACAAUGAAAACACAACUGGUGAUAUGUUACCUUGCUCUGACAUAAAAACCUGUAAAUUAAAACGAAAUAAAAUAACUCAGCAUAAACCAUGUACACCUAAAACAAAAAACAAAUCUAUAAGUGUAAAGGAAUCCAGAAAAUCACACCUUAAACGUAUAAUGGUAACAUGUAAAUGUGAAAAAGGAACAGCAACUAGACGAAAAUCUUAUCGUCAGGUUGCUCGUAAAACGUCAUGUGUUGCUUGCGGACCAGAAAAAAUGGUAUCUGAAAUCAUCGGCACUGAUAUUCAACCUGUUAAAUGCAAAACUCAAAAGACUCAGUCCAACUUUUAUGAGCCUUCGAUAAGAACUAAACAUAAAAAGCAACCAAAAUCUGCAAUAAAAGCUCCAACAAGACAGUUGGUUAGGAUAAAUUCUAACUUUAGCUUUAAUAUUGAGUUCAAUAAACAACAAAGCAAACCACUGUUAACAAAAACGAAGCUUAAAAAAGUCAAUCCGAAAUUAAAAGACUUAAAGAAAUCAGAAACACAAAAGAACCUUCUGAAGAAAAAGACAAGUAUGUUUGCCAAUAAAAAUCGUAAAAGCAAUUUGGGUAUAAUGUUAAAGCAAUGCUUAUGUUCACUAAAAUAUCAGAAACAGGCAAAAACUGGGAAAAUCAGAAAUGAUUAUGAAAAAGAGACCCAAUUAAACAUACCUCAACCGUAUGAAUGUCGUCCCACGUGUGAAAAAUAUGUAAUGGCAAAUAGAAAACAACCGAGAGCGAAAUCCGUUUUGGAAGUAAAAAGACAAUCUUUAAAGACGAAGAAAGUCCAAUCAAGUUUUACAGAAAACGAUUCAUCUAUAAAGAAGAUUUGUUAUCAAAACAUGAAACGUGAAAAACCAAGGCAAAAGCACCGUAUAGAAAAGUGUUCUCCCAAUAAAGCUGUUCGUCUGGGCUCUGCAUAUAACUUUGAUAUUGAAUUUUGCAAAAAAUAUGCGCAUCAAGAACAAAAUGAUAGAGGUAUUCAUUACAAAAAAAUUGGCAGAGAUCAGAAAGAAUUAAAUUUUAACUGUCGACGAAAAGAUGAAGCAUCAAAGAAGUUGAACGAUAAAAGGCUGUGUGGUUCUUGCUUUCAUAGACAUACAGAGUAUCAAGUUGGUUAUAUUAUGAAAGAGGAAGUGACCACAGUGAGAGAAAGGGCAUUUCAGCAGCAACAUCAAAUUUAUUACAUGAGAAUUUCUGAUCAAAUAGUGAAAAAAUCUGCACAACUGGUAAACCCUGUAUUUAUUCAAUCUAAUCCAUUCAGAAGAAAAUAUACGAGGUUUAACCUAAGAAACAAAGGUAAGAAAAAACCAAAACAACGUAAAAAACAGGUUAGAUUUGCAAUUAGUAAUAUUGAAACGAAGGUCAAUGAUAAAUGUAGUUGUAAACUAUUUAAUAAAAAAAAGAAGUUUAUGUCUGAAAUAUACAACACUCAUGUUUACGAUUCAUGUGAAUGUUUACAAUCUAAAAGACCUUUUCUGCGUUCAAGGAAAAAAUCUAUAGUAAUACUUUAUCCGGAAAAGAAUUUACCAUCAAACACCUUUUCUAGCUUUACAAAAAUGCAUAAAGAAGGCUUAAACUUGCAGCCAAUGCAGUCCAAGCAGAAAACAAACAGAAUGAAUAAAAUUAUUACUCAUAGAAAGAAGCACAAAUUCAAAGCUACACAAACUAAAGAAAACUGCCUGAACAAAUCCACCUCAUGUAAAUGCUAUAUCAAUAGACUGAAAAAAAAGGCCAAAGACUCAGUUGAUAACGCUUCCCACUGUACUACCAGUAUGACUUAUAAGAAAGAACAAUGCAGUCUCCAAAACAAACGAGGAAAACGUAAAAAAGGAAGAAAAAUUGGUCCAAAUCCCCAAAAAAUGCAACAAGUAUCUCAAAUGAAAAAAGUUAACAUUCAAAACUUAAGUCAAAUAAGAAAGGAAAGGGCGCAGUCAAAAGACCAAGAAGAUGAAAAGUUAGACGAACAGUGCACAAAGUCCAAGGCAAAUGAAGCUACUGUGAAAAGAUCAAGAAUCAUCAGGUGUAUUAUGAGAUUUUCUUUUCUAUCUAAAAAGAAACGUUUCGAUGGGAAUCAAGCUACCCAUACCAGAGACAUCAAUUUCGUUAACAAUCUGAAACCUAACCCACCAAUAUGUUCCAAUGAGAAAUGCGAAACAGCGAUGAUAGAGACGAUAAUGCCAUAUUGCAAAAAGAAGUUUGUAAAAAAAUGCAGCCGCACUUGUUUGAGCAAGGAAUGCAAAUUACUUAUUAAGUCAACAGCAAAAAAAUAUACUAAAGAUUCGAAGAUUGGUAGUAAAAAUCCGUUGUUUAGUAAAUUAAGCCAAAGAUUGAGUAGGAAAACAAGUGAUUGUAACGAAGUUUGCUUAAAGAAAGCUAAGACAAAUCUGUUGAAAAAUAGUACACCAAGUCAACGACUGACAAAAUCUUUUAUAAAAAAAUAUGUGCCAAGAAAUACCGAAAAUGUCAAACACAUUCAUGACACGUUAGAAAUGAACGAAGGUGCUCUUGACACUGAUGGUGUAGCAAUGAAAAGGCCGUGCUGUGUUUGUCUUACUAAGCAAUAUUCUGACACUAAUAAAUUAACAUUCGAGACACAAAUACCCAAAAGAACAAAUCUGGAUAAACCGAAAAACAUCAACCGGACUAAGGUAAACGCAGAUAUUGCUAAUACCAUAAUAUCGUGUUCAUGUGGAAGUAAAAUUUGUAAAAAGCAGUCAAAAACAAGGUCACCCAAUGUUAGUAAGGAGUCAAAUGUGGUUUGUUUGUGUCAUCAUGAGUGUCAAUGUCCUGCGAUAUUAAAAAAGAUGGAGGAUAGUAAGAAAGCGAAGGAACUAAAACAAAAGACUAAAAGGUUGAAACAAAAACAAAAGAUGCAACGUAAGAAACAAAAGUCAAAUCGUAAGAACAAAGUAAACUCUGAUCUAUUACAAUUAUACAGUGAAACAUCCGAUACCAGACUGGUUGCAGACUCAUGCUUGGACCUAACCAAAAUGAGCGCCGAGAUUAUGUGGAACUUGAUGAAAGUGCCGUUUAAGGUCAUUUCUAACCCUAAAGAUAGCUUUGAGAAUUUUAAGAUGGCAUUGCGACACCCUACUGAUAUUAAAUGUCCUGAUGGUGUCACAACAAAAGCUAUUGGUAUCAAACAAAAAUUUGCUGCCAUGCGCAUGACCAAAAAUGCUAAGGACAUGUUGGAAAGUUUUACUGUCACAAAUUAUUUGAUUCAUGCAUUUGAUGAUGAUUCUACGAAGAGAUUGAGAGCAUUAAAAAGCAGAAAGCAAAUGAAGAAACGCGAGCGAGAAGAUUUUGGUUGUAGCCCCUUUAUGGCGUCUUUGAGAAAGAGACCGUUCUUGUGGGUGUACGACAAGUGUCCCUCCUUCUACCCUCAAUUCAUAAGCCUGCUCAGUGGAUGGAGACAGUUUAUUGAUAUGCUGUUAUUUUUGUCAGCAAUUGUUGUUUGGAGUCCGUGUAUCUUUGGUAUAGAAUUGUGCCGAGCUAUUAUGUGUUGCUGUUUAUGUACAGGUUGACAAUAAAUAUUAUAAAAACCUA